AUGAGCCUAAGUUGGUAUUUUUUAAAAUAUAGCGCGUGCUUCCCUAUAGAUUUUCAAGGAAAAUGCCCUUCAAAUAAAAAAAAUUAUUUGAAAUUCUAAAAGAACUCCAAAAAGUCAGAUAUCAAUUUAAAAAUGCAUUAUAUAUGUCCGAUUUGUCAAUUUGAAAUAAGACUUUUCAGAUUUUGCCUUAAUUUAAAAAGUUAAAUUUUUUAUAUAUAAAAGCACUUGUCCUCAGGGAUCUAAAAUGAGGCUUGUGCUAUAGUGAUUUUCUUUUAAAUAUCGUUCUUUUAGGUGAGCCAGCUACCGGAAAAUCAUUUUUUUCUUCAUCAUUUAUGAACGAAAACCCACCUACUGAGUAUAAAUCAACUAUUGGGAUUGAUUUUGUAAGGUUCAUUAUAGAAAGCGAAGUAUGUAAAAUAUCAGAAAAAAUGUAUCAAGCUUUAUAUAUGAGACCCUUCUGGGCAAGCUCAAUUUACUAAUAUAACAACUUCUUAUCUGAGAGGUCGUCAUGGUGUUUUUAUUAUUUUUAGUUUGACAGAUAGGAGCUCUUUUGAAAAAGUUAAAUUUUGAAAAGAUCUCUGUGAUAAUAGUUGACGAUGCAACGAUUCAUGCAUUUUAGUAGGAAAUUGAUGCGAUUUGGAAGAUAAGAGAGAAAUCACUUAUGAAGAAGCAAAGGACCUUGCAGAUAGUCUUGGCAUUCUAUAUAUUGAAGUAUCUGCUAAAAAUGGAUUUAAUAUUGAUCGAGCAUUCUGGUAUCUGAUUUUUAAUAUUAUAUGGUGUUUAAAGUGAUAAACUGGAAUAUAAUUAGUUUCUGAUAGCCAUUUAUAGCAAAAAAUAGGUUAGUGAAAUAUAAAUAAAGGGAAAUUUUAUAUGCAGAGGUAUGCCUAGUUUAAGGUUUUUUUAA